CUGACUCUCUCUGCGCAUGCGCAGCUGCUCCGCGUCGGCGGCAGAGGAGCGCAGUGAAAGCGCAGUGCAACAGUUUGAAUGGCUUUCAUCAGCGCAUCAGCAUCAGUGAUGACGGGGGACUGGAGCAGUGUUCACAACCACACAGGUCAGUGCGCUCCGCUGGGGUCUCCCCCGCUCUCGACACUCAAAAUCUUGUCCCCUGAUGGGAUGAGUGUGGGCAGCGUGAUGAGCCUCCAGUGCCCCUCCAGACAACAACCAGCUCUCAGCGGCAGUCAGAUGUCCUGUGUGUGGAGCAGCAAUAAGACACACUGGAGCGGAGGGACACCGGAGUGUAAACCUCUGUCUCGGUUCGAGGAUGAUGGCUUUCGUUUAGCUCUUCUGGUGUCCUUCAUCAGCUUAGCCAUUAUUCUUAUCAUGAGCAUCAUCUUCAUCACUUUCUGUCUGGUGAGACACGUGAAACGCGAGGAGAGGAGAAAGUUGGAGAGGGCAAGAAAAACUGGAGCAUCAGAGUUUUGGCAACAAAUAGAUGUUGAGGGUGUGGAGCUGCAGAGAGAGGUGUUACACAGCCAGAAAACCACAAACCACAACAACAACAACAGCAACAGCGGAGGAGAGAGACGUCACACAGACAACAAGCACAUCUACAGCCACGGAGACCUCCACACUGCCCGCAGGUGUCUUGAUCAAGGGAAGCCCUGUCCUCUGAGCAUCCAUCCGUCCCAGGUCUCUCUGAUACUCAGUCCACCCACUGACUACCUCAUAAACACACACAUGGGCCCGUCGAAGCCCGCGGUGUGUUCCCUGUGCCCCGUGACGCUGCAGGGGACCGCACCUGUACAGCCCACAUCCACCGUCUGUCCACAUGAUGUUUAUAUGAGGAUGUGCUGAAGACCGUGGAGGAUUUGGUGUUAUAAUGAUGCAAACUGGGACUAGUCAUGAGACAAGACCUCAACUGAGAACUGGAACUUCUUUCACCUGUUGUUUUGUUGUUAUGUUUUUUGGGUGAUUGUGUGAUUUGAAUUUUCUUUGCACUUAACAUGCUAUUGCACUUGAUACUGGCCAAACAUCAGUAUUUAUUUUUGAGCAACGGGCAACAAUACAUGUUUUAAACAGCUGUAUAGUAAAUUGUUACAACAUGACUACUUGACCUGCAACAUUACUGGAUGUUUACAUACAGUGCCUCAUUCGCUUGACAUUAAGAAUGUAGAGUUUGCAGGAAAUAAUCCAAAGGCACUCCAGACAGGACCCUGAUGCUAAUGCUUGACAAUGUAAAUAUGCUUUAUUGAUGCUCACUUGAUAUAAUCAUUGUAUCCUCAUGGAAACAAAGUCUCAACUGUGUAGAUUGAUUUUUUAUUUUUAUUUUUGUACACAAACUAAAAACCAAAGCAAGCUUUAAAAUGUGGAGAUGUCAGCUAUUGUUGGUGCCUCUGAAUAUAAAAAUGUGUGAAUAAAAACUGAAUACCACUCUAAAGUGGCAAACUGAAUUCCUUUCAAA